UCUCGCUCCCACCUCCGCCACAGGGCGGCAAUACACAUCUGAUUUUUCCCGUUUACUCUGGCUCAGUCCCUCGACACCCCCACUCGUCAGCCCCAAUGAACACUUCGGAUCAGGGCUCCGUCCACAGCCCACGGGGUGUAACUCAAAACGCUACUCCCUCAUCGAUCAUGGAGUCAUUGCCUGAAGAGGAGGCUUCACGUCUCGCGAACCUAGUUAGCGGUUGGUACCUUGAUCACGUUAAUAAGGACGUGUCUGAUUUCAUUGAGGCCAAAAUCGAUGAGGAGGAAAGCUGUAUUGAGAUCCACCCUAAAGAGAAUAUUAGAGCAGUCGAAGAGGAAUUCCUCAAGACCAUGGGAAUAGCUGUUAUAUUUCAGGGCGAGGCGAAGAACAUGAAGAACGACAGGAAAUUAGAUAUGAUCCGUUCUUUGGAAAACGCCUUGCUUCCAGAAGACAAACUGUUGACGCACAGUGAAUUUGCGCACAUUGAGAGCAAGACACAGGUAACUUACAUAGCGAAGGUCCCAGAGAUAGUAGAUUAUCUACUAACGAAAGGAAUUGAGAAAUUCGUGGAUAAGGGUAAGACGUACAAGAUUUUGUUUCGACCAUGGAUGCCUCGAUCAGAAUGGAUUCAGCAGAGGGAGGAAGAGAAAAGAAGGGUCUCUUGGGUAAUGGCGCUUAGAUUUGCGAUUAACGCUUCCUUCUAUAUCAAGUCUGGUAUCGAAAUGGUAAUGGGGAAAAUUCUGAACGAAUUUGACCCGGUGAGCGAUCCAAUCGAUCCCAGACUGGGUAACCUCAAAUUUCAGUUACACCCAGACGUAGAAGCAAAGUACGUGCGUUCCCUGAAGGUUUGUACCGGAAAGGAGUCACUGACAGGGGAUCUUGUUAACAGCAAGACCCCUUGGUGCGAUGGUUGUAAACGAUACUUGAGAUUGCCAAACGAAUGCAUAUGUGAAGACGGAGAGGAAGAUCAGGGACAAGACACACUGACUCUCGCAGGCAGGAGGCAAGACAAUUCUGCUAACCAGAAUCUAGGCCUGGGCUCAUUCCAGGCUUUGGGCACGCCCACCGCUUCAGGCUCCAUGAACCCACAACACAAAUCCACGAAGAAAGAAAGAAAGAAGACCAUAACCCCAACCAAAUGGCUGAACCCCCUGCUCCAGCCCUCAGGGGCCGCAGGCAGGGGAGGUCAGCCCGGAAGGGGCGUUCCAGAUCCUCGGGGUAACACAGCAGCAGGACUAGACAGACAGGGUCAGUAUACCCCCUCUCGCCUAGGCCAAAAGCCCUCCAAUGCCACACAGCUUAAUGCGUCGUCUGGUGCCAAAGGAACUUGGCACCAAAAUAUUCGAGAGUGGAAAGGCCUGAACGCAGAGACAGUCCCAGUGGGAACGUCACAAGGGAGCACGGGCGGCACAGCAUGUCCUUCGUCCUCACACCCGGAAGGCCAUGCCGUCAACGGAGCCACAACAACGAUGUUGGGAGAAGACAAAGGUAGGCAGGACUCCCCGAAAAGAACAAGACCUCAGGCGUUCGGGGAAGACGCUGCCCCAGGUCCAGCAGGGAACAAGACCAACGCCACGGAGGGGACAACGAAAGGCUCACGCGUGGCAAUGCCAAUUUUGCUGAAGAACACCAACCAGGAAGCGUUCCUCAUAUUGAAGGUUAAUAAUCAGGGAGGUUACAACUUCCCGUACGCGUCAAUGGCAUCCCCCCUGGACCCAUUAACCCUGUUCAAUCUGGGAGUGGAAGUGGCUCAGGGCAGAUUUGUUGUAAGGCCUAUCCCGGAUCACCCAAUGAUCACAUUUAAUAAGAUCGGGGCCUCACGCAAGAUUUACCCAAUCAGUGCACUCUGCCUGGACACAACACUUUUCACACGUGUGGACCCUCUGGUGGCCAGCAGUGGUGUAUACUGGGCGCCGCUCAGUUGGUUCCAAGCAAGUAGCUACGAACGCCAGAUCCCAGUUCUGGGUGAUGGCAUCAGAGGGGAAAUCAUAACCGAGAUCAAUGACAUACUCACACAAGAUAAGAAGAUGUUUUCCCGCUCAUUCUCGGACGCCCUCAAGGCUCCCUGGGACCCAGCUGCCCUGCAGCCUGGGGGCCCGUCCCAAGCUGCCAUCCAAUCUACGGCCCCGUCCGUAAGAACGGAUGGGCUCUAGAGUGCGGGUUACUUCUUGGAAUGUAAGAGGACUCGUUGACGGCAAUGGUAAACACAAGCGGGCUAGGCUUAAAGCAAGCAUU